CAUCGAGUGUUAACCUGACACUGAAAGAAACCCCUAGUUCCGCGGACAUAAAAUGUGGGGAACAGGCUAAGUACAGGGCAGACAGCAGGUUGGUGGAUUUGUUCUGCAACAUGAAGGUCAAGGUGAUACAAGUCACGCUGGACUUCGGGGCUCAAAAAUCUGUUUGCUCCGUGUACGUCAGUGGAGGAAGAAAUCUGGCCCUGAAAACAGCCAACCUGGCAAUCCAGCAAUUAUUCAGACAGUUCUGGAACCUUCGACUCGUCUUUGGCCGUGGACGGGGACACUAGCGGGAACUUCAGUCACCUGUCGUGUGCCCACACGGGGUCUAGAUGAAGCAGACGUGUGGAGAGUUGUCCUCCCCCGCCCACAGGACAUUUACACCUACCUGCUU